CUCUUCUUAAUUUCAUAAACUUUCAUUCAGCAAACAUGAACCUCUUCAUUGUUGGGACGGUCUUCGUAGUGCUAGUGGCCGGGCCUCAGGUGGAGGGCUCCCGGGUACCGGGGCUGAAGGUGCUCCCGGAUGUGGACUCCUCGUGUGCGGCAGCGGUGAGAGCCGCUCUUGAGGAAUACCGAGAUCUUUACAAGGGACAACUUAGAGAACCACCGAAGAUGACUUAUCCAAUGAAGACAAGUUCAGUAAUAGCCUCUAACGACACCUUUAAGACGAUAGAAAGGAAAGUCUUUAAUGAUACCGAUGAAACGGGUCAAGAAACCGAAUCAAAACGAGCAGAGCAAAGAAAAGAGAUUCUGCCCAGCAAUAUAACGAACGAAGCAGUUGUGAAAGAGAAGGAAGAACUUCUACCUUCACAGGAAAGCACUAAUGUGACAUCUGUGGAGGAGAGGAAUGUUACAGAGAAGGAUGAUGGACUUCAGAAGGCAAAAGGAACAGAACAAAGAAAGGAGAUUCUGCCCAGCAAUAUAACGAAUGAAGUUGUUGUGAAAGAGAAGGAAGAACUUCUACCUUCACAGGAAAGCACGAAAGUGACAUCUGUGGAGAAGAAGAAUAUUACAGAGAAGAGUGAUGGAAAAGAUGUCGAGAAAGAAACUGUAAUUCAAAAAGAAGUCGAAAAGAAUGUGUGUAAUAGCGACAUCAAAGAGGUUCGUAACGAAAAACAUCUUAAUGAAACAAUUGAAGACUUGAAACACCAAGUUGAUGACGUGAAAAACAAGAUGAAGGAAGAAAAAGAAAAGGCUGAAGAAACAAAUACUACGCCUAUCACUCAAGACGGUAAAGUUGUUGAAAAGACAGUUCCUGCUGUGACGCCGGCGAAGGUUGUUAGAAAGGAUGUGCCCUCGGUGGGAGAAGGAAAAGACUCCGUUGUGACUCGAGUUGUUAAACCUGUUACCCCUUCGGUGGUAGCAGAAAAGGUCCCCGUUGUGACAAAUCAGACCGUUGCUGAAAAGAUUCCCCCUACGGCGACGGAAGGAAAAGUCCACGUUGUUAAAGAAGAUAAAGUUAUUGAAAAGGUUGUGCCCUCGGUGACGGAAGAAAAACUCCCCGUUGUGACAAAGGAGAAGGUUGUUGAGCAGGCUGCCCCUUCGGUGACACAGGAGAUCGUAAGUGUCUCUAAGGAGCAAGCAGAACUUCCUCUCGUAGCUGAGGAGAAGAAGGUUAUUGAAAAGAUUAUCCCCUCGGUGACAGAAGGAAAAGUCCCGGUAGUCCCUCAACAGGAGGUUGUUGAAAAAGUUGCCCCUUCGACGACAGAAGAAAAAGUUCCUGUUGUGACACAAGAAAGGGUUAUUGAACAGUCUGUCCCACAAGAAAGGGUUAUUGAAAGGGCUGUCCCACAAGAAAGGGUUAUUGAACAGUCUGCCCCACAAGAAAGGGUUAUUGAACAGAAUGUCCCACAAGAAAGGGUUAUUGAACAGAAUGUCCCACAAGAAAGGGUUAUUGAACAGAAUGUCCCACAAGAAAGGGUUAUUGAAAGGGCUGUCCCACAAGAAAAGGCUAUUGAACAGGCCGCCCCUACAGCGACAGAAGAAAAAGUUCCUGUUGUGACACAAGAAAGGGUUAUUGAACAGAAUGUCCCACAAGAAAGGGUUAUUGAACAGAAUGUCCCACAAGAAAGGGUUAUUGAACAGAAUGUCCCACAAGAAAGGGUUAUUGAACAGAAUGUCCCACAAGAAAGGGUUAUUGAACAGAAUGUCCCACAAGAAAGGGUUAUUGAACAGAAUGUCCCACAAGAAAGGGUUAUUGAACAGAAUGUCCCACAAGAAAGGGUUAUUGAACAGAAUGUCCCACAAGAAAGGGUUAUUGAACAGAAUGUCCCACAAGAAAGGGUUAUUGAACAGAAUGUCCCACAAGAAAGGGUUAUUGAACAGAAUGUCCCACAAGAAAGGGUUAUUGAACAGAAUGACCCACAAGAAAGGGUUAUUGAACAGAAUGCCCCACAAGAAAGGGUUAUUGAACAAAAUGCCCCACAAGAAAGGGUUAUUGAACAGAAUGUCCCACAAGAAAGGGUUAUUGAACAGAAUGCCCCACAAGAAAGGGUUACUGAACAGAAUGCCCCACAAGAAAGGGUUAUUGAACAGAAUGCCCCACAAGAAAGGGUUAUUGAACAGAAUGACCCACAAGAAAGGGUUAUUGAACAGAAUGUCCCACAAGAAAGGGUUAUUGAACAGAAUGCCCCACAAGAAAGGGUUAUUGAACAGAAUGCCCCACAAGAAAGGGUUAUUGAACAGAAUGCCCCACAAGAAAGGGCUAUUGAACAGGCUGCCCCUACGGCGACAGAAGGAAAAGUUCCUGUUGUGAUAAAAAAGGAGGUUACUGAACAGGCUGCCCCUUCGGUUACAGAAGAGAUUGUCACUGUUUCUAAAGAGAAAGAAGAAGUCCCUGUUGUAACAGAGGAAAAGGUUCCCGCUGUGAGAAAUGAGACAGUUAUUGAAAAGAUUACUCCUUCCGUAACAGAAGAAAAAGUUGUCAAUCAACGGAAGGUUGUUUCUUACGAAGAUGCUACAGAAGAUCAGGAAAAUCAAGCUACUGGAGAAGAAGAAACGGACAAAACUGAAUUGAAGUUUAUCAUCACCAUACAAGAGAGAAUAGUCCGUGAACAGACAGUCUCGAUCAUACCCGUGAUGGACAAGGACGCCAACACAAGAAGGAAUGGAAAAGUGGCGAAGAAACAACUGAAAAGAAUAAUGAAGAAGGUGGCCCGCGCCGUACGGGAAGAAUUAAGCAAGGAACACAAGACAGCGAGGGAGGGACAGUAGCAGGAGAAGCUGUAACCAGUGUGAGGGAACAGGCUGCCACUCUCCACCAAACCGACAGCCACCACCACCAAAAUGUCCCCUCAACACCCAGCUGCUUGCGAUGGGAUCCCUAAGAAAGUGUUCCAUAUUUUCUUGUCUUUUCUUAUCUAUCUAUCUUAC